AUGCGUUUCUCCACCGCCGCCAUCCUGCCCCUCGCCGCCCUGGCCAGCGCUGCCGUCCUUCCCCGCUCCCAGCUCGGAUCCUGGGCCGUCAGCGUCUCGAAGAGCGCGUUCGCCAACGGCUUCCAGUCGGAGACCGCCACCGCAGUGUACACGUCCGACUCAUACCCGGCGGGCAUCACCAGCUCGUGCAGCUACGAGUACGACCCGACCGUGACGGAGGGUGACAAGGGAACGACCACCUGCACCGAGGGAUUCACCUACUCGUAUGACGGGACAACCGUGAGCCUGAGCCAGGUUGUCCAGAAGCCUAGCCCCAAUACGACGGUUUUCGGCAGUGCGCCGUUGACGCUGACGAGCAAUGCUUCAGGUCGUACUUUCACGGGUCAGACGACUGUUGAUGUUUCCUCGGCUUCAGCUUAG